AUGUCACAAGAAUUUCGUCUCCCCAACCGAACCAGCAUUCCGGCCAACCAGUCUUUGUCUCAAACACCUUUGAAUCACCAACCAGCAUCCGAUUAUAAUAGUGCAACAAGCACCCCGUCACCCUCGACAACAACUGGUCGAAAAUCUUCCAGGUCUAAGAAAAUGGCAUGCGUUGAAUGCCGACAACAGAAAUCCCGCUGCGAUGCGUUUGAAAAACAGCCUGAUCCCUGCACCAGAUGUGCAAAAAAAGGACUACAAUGUGAUGUGAAAUCCGAUUACAAAAGAACUUACAAAAGGGCACGUAUAGCACAAAUUGAAAAAGAAUUUGAGGAGUUGAAAAAGACUUUGACUAAUACACAGGCAGCCGAAUUGUUGUCCAAAUUUCCUUCUUUGUCUUCCGCCUCACCUGAUACAAAUCCUCAAGAAGAAACUCUGCAGAUCAAAGUCAAAAUUGAACCCGGCACCCUGUGUGAUUCAUCUCGUGGUAUUGCAGCAGAUGCGGGGGUAACUAAAAGUAUUAGUAAUAUCGAUUUACCACGUCAUUCAACAAUAGUAGCAGAAACUGCAUACCCACAACAAAGCCUUGCCAAAAGUACACAAAUUCCACCUUAUCAGUUUCAAUCGCUCAACUCUUCGGAAACUAGUCAGUCUCUUCCUAACACGCCGUCAAUCACAAGACAAGUGGAAUCAAACAUUCUUCAUCAAAUACCGGCAGCACUGCAUGAAAACCAAGUGCAAUUGCCGGAAAGCUCACUUAUCUGUGAGGAGAAAUCUGUUGAUGACAUUUCACUCAUGCCAGAGACGAUAAAGAAGCUUUACUUAGAGUAUUUUGAGAGAUAUCAUCCGAUAUUACCGGUAGUCGAUGUGUCACUAGGUCCUGAGAGGAUUUACAGAUUAUGUCCAGCAUUAUUUUGGGUAAUCAUGUUUGUUUCCUUAAGAAGGUUCCCAGAUAAUUCGUCAAAGUCUUUGUUGGUACGUCUAUCGCCAGUUGUGAAAGGAAUACUAGCAGAGAUUAUGAUAUCUCCGAUUACAAGAUAUAACCCUAUAGAAGAAGAUGAGCCAAUUUACAAUGUGAGUUCAGUUUACUCAGUGCAGGCAUUUUUAUUAUAUUCAUACUGGCCACCAAUCACUUCGUCCUUGAGCGCUGAUUCUUCCUAUAACACAGUUGGAACAGCUUUCCUACAGGCCAUCAGGAUUGGCCUUCAUACGCCGACAUUAGUCAAUACUAGUGAGAUGAACAAAGACGAGAGAACGCAACAACAAUUGGCAAUGACUCAUGAACAACUCAAAACUUGGAUAUUUUGCAACAUUGCAUCUCAAACUAUAGCUACAGCAUUUGGGUUCCCAGCCUGUACUCAAUUCGAUUCUUCAAUGUGGUUUUACAAUCAGCCUGGUAGCACCAUAAGAAUACCCCGAAAUUUGCAAUUAAUGAUGGAGAUCGCUCAGUUUGAAGACCAAAUGGCAAAGGCAUUAAAUUCAAACCCCAUGGAUCCUUGUGGGCUAAUAGAUGCUAGCGAAAGACUACCUCUUUUAAAGUUGCUACUGAAAAGAUUAGACAACAUAGAAAUAACUUUGAAGAAUGAAAUGUUGCAACCCAGUGAUAGAAGAUUCCGUGUAUUUGAAAUUUUGUCAACGAGGGUACAUUUGCUCAGCUACUAUUUCAUGGAUACGGUGAGAAUAGCUCAAUUUGAGUUACAAAAGGGCUUAAUCAGGUUAUACAAUGCAGCCAUAUCAUUCAUCAACCAUACGUCAGAGUGCCAAGCUAAUGACAAAAAGUUUGUAAAGUAUUUACCAGGAGUGUAUUUAUUAAACCUUUGGCAGGCUGGAUGUAUAAUAGGCAAACUAAUACACUCUAGCUUGAAAAAGUUUAUUGAUGUGGGAACAGGAAAACAAAGCUAUGAGUCGGUAAUAGCUUUCACUGCAAGUGCAUCAAUUUUGAAGCACGAUAUGGCGUAUAGAUCCAGUGGAAUUACACGAAACAUGUGGCAACUUUUCAGAACGUUGGAUGCCAACAAAACAAAUUCAUUGAGUAUUGAUAUCAGAAAUAGAAUGUCUGCUUCAGUUUUUUUUGAUUGUUUGAAAUUAUUGAGAGCCCAGGUUGGAAUCACAAAAUUAACUACGAAAACCGAUGAGAACCACCCGGCUGACGAUGAAGAAGCAAUCGAAGAGUCACUAGAAGAAGAUGAGGAGCCCACAGAUAUGGAUAAUGAGAAGACUGUACAUUCUGAAGAUGACAAAAAUGGUUCAUUGCAUAAUGGUAGUCAAAAAUCCACACCUAACAGUACUACCUCAAGUAGAGUUCGCAAAGCAAGAACAUUAUCCAACAAUAUGGACGCUGAAUCGAAAACUAGAAAAAUUAUUAGAACAAUUCCUUUGGACCCAGAGCCAAUAUCUAUUGGUGCAUCCAAGAGGAGUUCGAUAUUUAAAGUUGUGAACUCGUCCACGGAUUCUUCACCGCUUAUGAAAUCAGAUGUUAGCACUCCAAAUUCCAACAGAAUUAACAAUCAUCAGAUAAAGACUCAAACAUACAACCCAACUCAUGUUGAAAAGCAACAGCUGCCGUAUCCUUCGUCUAAGCAAACGCCUCAAUUUUUGCAAUUUCAACAGCAACCACAACAACUGGAUAACCGCAGUUAUCAGUCAGCACAAAAUGCUAGCGAAGUACCUUUGCUGCAGUUCUCUGCCUUUGCAUUCAAUGAAUCACCUAUACAGCUUGGCUUGGAGAACCUAGAUAUCGAUAAUUUUGAUCACGAUAUGCUUUGGAAAGAUGUUGAUAGUGUUAUGAACGACUUUGGUUUUCAUGCAAGUUGA